GUGACAUUGACAUGUGAAUCGACGAAGAGCGUGAAGUUGUGAGAAGUGUGAACAACAAUGUUGAGCUUCAGCAAGCUAUCGCCUGUGAUGUAUCGCCUGGUGGCUCGUCUUCCCAUACAAAAUCGAAGGCAUGACAGGGUUUUUGAGUACAGACAAUUUUGUUGGACAAAGCCAUCCUCUGAGGUUAGAUUGAAAUCCAGUGAUGCAAACUCCAGUACAAGUCGUCAUCAAAGUCAUAAAGUAAACCAGCAGUCAAGGCCUCCAAAAAAAGUUACACUGCAUCCAAGUGCACAAAAACUGGAAUCAAAACAAAAGCAGAGUCCACGAUACAUACAGUCAUCAUUUGACGAUACUUAUAUCGAUGAAUUAAAAAAUCUUCACAGAGAGGAUAAGGUUCCUGCCAAUUACUCUUUGAUCUAUAUAGACAAACUUCAGCGUAGGUCAUUAUUAAUCAACACUGCAUUAAAAGCUUGCUUGUGCCUUAUAGAACUGGUGACAUUACAAAGUUUUCAUCGACAAUGGAAUACAAUGAUCAGUCUAGGUCAAGACCCAUUCUCUAUCUCAUACCCAAUGUCAAUGUCCAGUUGGACAUUCUUAUUGACUGCGGUUUUGUCAGUUAUUACCCCAUUUGGCAUAGCAUUAAUGCAAACAGAUAUCAGAAAACGUGUUCUUCGUAUUUAUAAGGAGAAUGGUGAACAAGACAAAUACAUUGCUGUUAAACCAUACUUGGUUUUCUGGACAAAACAGCAACAUUUCACUGGUUCAGACAUUAAAUAUAUGGAGAACUGGGAGAAAUCCUUGUAUGGGUUACUGUCAGGAAAUAUCACCAUUAAACAAACACGGUGUCGACUUUUACCAGAAUGUUUCCAGGAACUUAGCGGGUACAAUGAGUUUUGUGGAUUUGGUCCAAAAAAAUUUAAAGAAUUAAAGUAAGAAAAUUUGA